CAGUGUAUACAUAUUUCAGUAACGUUAAUCCAACGGUGAGGCGCGAGUUCAAUGUUCGUCGACGAAAUGAAUUUAUAGCCUCAAAUUGUCGGGUAUCGCGUGGGAAGAAUUAUAAUUUGAAAAUCAGCAUAUCAUCUUGCCCAGUCGUCACACAGCGGGGAAUACCGACCUAGACUACUACACGUGUUUGACUGACGAUAUCCAUACGUGAACAGGCUCGGUGCUAUACCCUCGUGCGAGAAUUGUUGCAGGAGAAACAAAUUCCGCAUAUGAAAAAUCCAAUUACUUUUCUUUCCAUUCGAAGCGGUCGGUCAUCCAUCGUCCAACAGCAGCAGCCCACACGUAACUGACCAGUGCUAAUGGUGGAAACUGAAACCAAAAGUAAAAUGAACUAGACGAAAGAAAUCGGAUCCUCCCAUCUGUGGUGUGAAAAACCAGAAAUGUGUUUAGGAUCUUGUCCAGCGGACAAUCUGGUGGGAUUGUUUUUUAUCGGGGAAUUUCUAUUUACGGAACUGUCUCUGAUUGGUAUAAGCAGCGGAACGAGACGCGGAUGAAAUAAGCACCAGACCGGUUCAAGACGGAAGAAAAAACCGCAUGACGCGGAGAGAGAAAAACUACCCGGAAACGGAUUGCCUGCAUACAUAUAUAAAGAGGUAUAAGCACAUGGAUACAUCGAGCUGAGAUUUUCAUUUCGAUAUCGUAGGAGCAACAAGAAACAUGUUGCCUUCUUUGCUGUUUUUGUGCACUUGCUGUUUUGUUGUCUCUGGUAGAGGCAGUGGAGGGUUUACACCGCCGUUCUAUCCUGUUGAUAAUCAAAUAUCAUUCUCUCCUUUACAUCGUGGCUAUUUUACGAGUAAUCAGAUAAGAGGUCAAAGUAAUUUGCAAGGAUUCGGACCUUAUUAUGUUGAUCCCACCAUCAAUUAUUUCCACAAUUUUCCAAAUAACCCUCCGCCACCAAUAUCUCGUUCAAUGUUCGGACGUCAACAACUGCCAUCUGAACUGAAUCGCCAAAACUCGGUGUUGUUGGACCUCCAGGAAUUACUUGCCGAAAUUGUUGAUGGGCCUAGAGGAAAUCUUCGUCAAAGAAGACGUACUGUUCGUCAACAAGAUGAUGAGUUUGGUCAGGAUUCUAUUGGUGCAACCGGUCCACCAACCACCACUAUCUACGACCACCUGCCACCUGUCGAGGAUGAAUCAAUCAAUGUUGAUCAAAGAUCUGGACAAGAUGAAAAAGCAUUACAAACACGUCAACCACCGAGUAGAACGGAUCCCUUGUCCAGUAUUGCGAGAUACAUUGGAGCGAGAUUUUUUGGAUUGUUGCAGCCACAGUUUUAUCCAUAUCAGCAGCAGUACGCCCCAGGGCCACCAGAAAAAAGAGUCUACUACGACAAUACUAAAGAUAAAGAGAAGAAGAAGAAGAAGAUAGUGAUCUUCUCUCUGUUGCUUUUACUUGCGUCUGUAAUGUUUCAGCCCCAGAACUAUCAAUAUGCCAAUUAUGUCGUCACAGCACUACCUGGUCCACCAGGUCCUACUGGACCAACAGGCCCAACCGGAGUUGGAAUUCCUGGAAUUCCCGGUACUCCUGGCACACCAGGUGCGGCUGGGGCUGCUGGUGCUGCUGGGGCUGCUGGAGCGGCAGGGCCCACGGGAGCUACUGGACCUUCUGGAACGACCGGAGCGACUGGAGCGACUGGGUGAGAACCACACACAAAAAAAUAC